AUGGCCUCGAGCGAUGGUGGAUUCGACUUUGAUGCAGUAUUGAGAGCUGAUAACCCUACUGGUGGGGGAGAGGCUGGUGAUAACAAUACGGCAGGGAUGUUUGCUGGAGGUAUUGCCGAUCUUGAAAGCCAAGUGGCUGUUACCUAUCUAUGUGGGGAAUGUGGCGCGUACGUCGAUAUCAAACCACAUGAUGCGGUCAGAUGCCGUGAAUGUGGACAUCGUAUAUUGUACAAGCUCAGACAGAAGCAAAGGCCUUGUGUCUAUGAGGCACGGUAG